GGUAAUCCGUGUCCGAGAGUGUCAAACGAUCUUCAAUUGGCGUUGGGACAGCUUCGCCCUGUCGUUUUAUUUUGAUGCGUUUCAGAGAAAAAAAAUAGAAAAUGAAAAUCAGCAGAGCAUAAGCAAAAAUGCCAGGCCUGCACGUUGUCCUUUCCGAGCUCCUUGCUGGGGAGGACCAUGACGCUGAUCAUGCCGCUUUUUUGUACCAAGGAGCUUGUCAUGCAGGCGACCGAUCAACUCCAACUUCCUUCGUCCAUUCCGACGAGUCCCCCUCCCGCCCUUACACCUGGAACAAUUUUCUCGCCGAAGACAUGACUCUCCCCCCGCCCAUCCCGACUUCCAACCCGCAUUCCCAGCAGAACCCGGCGGCAUUAGCGCAUUUACAGCAACAGCAGAUAGAACAGCAACAGAAAACGAACAAACCAAGACAAGAUGGCGUGACGAUCACAUCCGAAGAGCGGGAGAAAUACGUUUUACCUCUUUACCCCUACUCCGCCCAGGCGAACGCGUAUUUACCACCCCCAGCUCCGCCGAUCGAAGAUUCUCUAGACGGAGAGUACACGUUGCCAGAAUCCUACUCCACGUCCGCGAGUACCAUGCUGAUGCCACCCGAAAGGUGGAACGCGGGGACCAAAUACAGGCUCUUGAUGCAGGAGAACUUGUUCAAAACGGUGAUUUACGGCACUUCCAUCGCCGUGUUCGGGUUCGCGUUCGGGGUGCAUAACAUGGUCAUGAAGCUGCAGAGGAAGAAUAUUGACGAUGCGAUGAUAGAAGAAUUGAACGCGAGUUUGUUGAAGUCAGAGAUCGGGAGCAGUGGUUCUGACUCGGAUAAUAGUGAUUCGAGCGGUGGAUCUGGAAAGAAGCGAAAGGAGAAGAAGUUGGACGAAGAUAGUGCUUCGGUGAAGUCCGCGAGUAGCAACGAUGAAUCCGCGGGCAGUGAUGAUGAAGAUGACAAGGAUUGAGAAUUUACGAUUUUGAAUAACAAAUAAAGCAGGUUUUUUCUGUAAAAGCAAAUAAAGUAUGAUCUUCAACUGGAAAUAAAUCAGCCAGUGAACGUUGCCGUGCAAACAACUACGAACAAUGAUCCCUGCCACAACUUCUUGACGCAUGGCGUUUGCGUCUGUUUCGUCAUUUCUCGGCUUAAUCGCUAGCGCUUUUUCUAUCGUGAGGAUUAAUUUUUCGCUGGUUGUGCAAGAAAUGAAAUCGAC